CAUUUGUAAGCACUGUCGAAAGCUUCAAUAUCAGACUCUGUAGCUGUCUACUCCGGCAAACCUGUUGUCCUUUCCAGCCUGUCGUUUCCGGAAGCUGACGCCCUGGAUAAUAAACAACGUAUCUAAAUACUUAGAUGUAGUCAUUAUAAAGCGCGUCCGGGCUGGGGCGAGGACAGGCUUCCACACUACCACGCCACGCUGGCCACCAGCGGGAACAUGCUAGCAGGCCUGCUCGCCGCCCUCCUGCUAGUCCUGUCAUGCAGUCGGCAACUCACGGCGCUGGGGCGCGGCGUUGCGGCCGCUUCGCAGCAGCUGCGGGAGCCGCGCCUGCGCGCGUUGGGGCCGGGCGGGAGAGCGAGACGGCAGCUGCUGGCGGCAGCUAAGGAACCAGAUUACUACGACAAGUUAGUGUCCACGCCUUCGAAGCUGGCAAGGCAAACUAAGAAGGAGGGAGUUCUGCCGCAGUCCAAAUAUAGCAUGGAGAACUUUGACGUCCUGCCAUUCCAGACGUGGCUUCGAGAGCACACCAUGCUCUCACUCGCGUCAGGCAAUGCGGCUAACGCCUCCGCGACAGCGGCAGCUGCCGCCGCCGCCACCAGCGGCACGGAGGCGGCGGCGGCGGCGCUGCGGGCGGCUCCACCACUGUCAUACAUCUGCGGCGUGUGGAUCAACCCCACGUACAAGUUCAUCUUCAUCCGCAACCGCAAGACCGCCUCCUCCACCUUCGUGACCGCCAUCAAGAAGUUCAUGCUCGCCAACCACCUGUGCAACGUCAGCGCCGACCCACUGGGGGGCAACAGCUGCAUGCUGCGCAUGGAGCCGCAGGAGCUGCUCCGCGGCGGCGCCGACCCCGACACCCUGUGGCGCUCCUACCUGGUGCUCACAAGCAGCCGCAACCCCUGGGCGCGCGCCGCCAGCGGCUACGAGUUCACACACAGCAAAUGGGCGCACCGGGGCGGCGGGUGCAAGCAGCCCAGCUUCCUGGAGUUCAGCAGGGACCCCUUCCUCAUGGGCAAGCUGUCCAACCUGUUUGCCUGCGUGGGCCACCGCGAGGGCGUGGGCUCGCGCUACGAGGGCCACUGGAACUUCGACUUCUGCCACGUGGAGCCCGCGGCGCGCUGCCUGGUGGACGAGGGCGGGCGGCUGGUGGUGGACUUUGUGAUACGCUACGAGCACCUGGAGGAGGACAUGCGGGCGGCGGUGGAGCUGAUCAACGAGCGCAGGCCCGAGGGCCUGCCCGCCAUCACGGUGGGUGAGGUGGCCUGGCGCAACAAGGGCUCCGCCGCCGCCGCCUCCGACCUCACCUCCACAGCCGCCGCCGCCACCGUGUACGCGCCCAAGUACCGCGCCUGCGGCGGCGCCUGUGUGGGCGCGCUGGCGGACUUCUACGCAGCGGACCUGGCGCUGUUUGGCUGGGAGCGGCCGGGGCCGGCGCCGGAGGGGGAGGGGGAGGGGUGAGGGGGAGGAGAAAGGGUGAGGAGGAGGAGGAGGAGGAGAGGGGGGGGGUGAGGUGGAAGGGGGGGGAAGGAGGGGGGGAGGUGGAGGAGGAGGAGUAUAUGCCCGAGCCCAACGAAUAAAUGGAGGAGGAGGGCGGGGAAGGAGGAGAGGGAUGGGCAUUGUGUGUGUGUGUGUGUGUGUGGGGUCACAUUCAUGAUUAUAAAAGGGGGAAGUGAGGGUGUGGAAGUGUGGAGGCGUGAGGAGUUUACGGGUGUGGUGGUAGGGCGUGUGGUGGUUGGAGCGCGGGUGGAGCCGGUGGCGGCGGGGGAGCUGGCAGCGGUGCGUGCCGGUACGGGUGUCACCGGUGCGUGCCGUGUGUAUGGGUGCGGGGGUGGGUGCGGCGGGCGUGGUGUGCGGCUUGGAGGCGCAGUUUGUGAUGACGCGGUGUGUGUGUGUGUGUGUGUGCGUGUGCGUGUGCGUGUGCGAGUGCGUUUAUAUGUGUGUGUAUGUGUGGCGCUGCCGCCACGCACGUUGUGAGGGGCGCCGUGGUGGGAGGGCAUGCCUGUGGGCGUGCCGGUACGUGCAUACAGUGUGGGCGUGUGUACAUUGUGGGCAAGGGCCGGCCUCGAGCGCCAGCUCGCCAGCUCGCGAAGCUGUGGGAGACCAGAAGUGGGCGUCGCGAGAAUAAUUCGUGAGCUCAUUUCAUUGUACGUCACA